AUGGCUGAAGUCGAGGGCAAGACCGGCGUCAGCCAGCAGAAAGUGCAAUUCGAGCACGACGAGCUCUAUCAAGCCUACGCGGCCAAGGGAGAAGAAUGGCAUAGACAGAUGACGCGCCGGUUGAUGCGCAAGGUCGAUUUGCAUCUCCUGCCGCUGCUGGUCGUCAUGUAUCUGCUUAACUUUUUGGAUCGCAAUAACCUCUCGCAGGCCCGACUCGGCACCCUAGAGGAAGACCUCGGCAUGUCGGGGACUGAUUUCAACCUGGCGACGAGCAUUCUCUUUGUCGGAUACCUCCUCAUGCAGUUGCCCUCGAAUCUGCUCCUCACACGCGUGCGACCUUCACUGUUCCUCGGCAUUGCGAUGGGAAUCUGGGGCGUGAUCUCUGCAUGCCAGGCGGCCACGCAGUCGUUUGCAGGCUUAGUGGUUGCGCGGUUCUUCCUGGGGUUUGUGGAGGCUCCCUUUUUUCCAGGCGCGGUCAUGUUGAUUCUGGCGCACGGUCAGGGGGCUGAUGAUCGCAGGUCGAGCUGGUACACCAGGCAGGAACUGAGCUAUCGGAUUGCGUGGUUCUACGCCGGAAGUUCGCUCGCGAACGCAUUUGGUGGACUUAUCGGGGCAGGCGUCCUGGGAAACUUGCACAUGUCGCAUGGGAUUUCUGGCUGGCGGUGGCUUUUCAUCAUCGAGGGAUCCAUCACCGUGGCCUUGUCGCUGCUCAUCCCAAUCCUCCUCCCCAACUAUCCCGCCACAACGUCCUGGCUCGAUGAUGAGGAAAAAGCCUAUGCGCAGUGGCGUCUGAUCAACGACGCGGGCGAGGCGGACGAUACGGGCGCUUCGACCAUCAAGGAAGCCCUGAUCGCCGUGUUCGCUGACAAGCGUAUCUACCUAUUCAUCCUGCUCCAACACGCCUCCCUCCUCUCGCAGACCUUCCAAUACUUCUUCCCCACGAUCGUCCAGACCCUGAACUACAGCAACAUCGUGACGCUGCUGAUUACGGCGCCCGUCUGGAUCGCUACUUUCCUUGUUUCGCUAGUUGUGACCUGGACAAGCGGCAAGACCAACGACCGCAGUAUCCACAUCAUCUGUCUUAUGGCUGUCAGCAUCAUCGGGUGUAUCAUCUGCACAGCAACGACCAACCUCGGCGCCCGGUUCUUCGGCAUGUUCCUGAUGCCCAUGGGCGCAGUGUCCGCGUACCAGAUCAUCAUCGCCUGGGUCGCGAAUUCGUUCCCCCGUCCCCUGGUCAAGCGCUCGGCGGCUAUUGCGACGGCGAACAUGAUCGGGAACACAGCGAGUAUUUAUGGGAGCUAUAUGUGGCCGUCUUCGUCAGGGCCAAGAUAUAUACCCGGUGGGAGUGCAACUGCUAGUGUGGCGCUCUUGGUGGCGCUUAUGGCGUUUGUGAUUAGGGUUGUGCAUGUGAGGAUGAACAAGGGUCUGGAAGAAAAGGAGAACGAGGUCGUGGAGGACGAGCAACUAGAUGCGCCGAGAGGGUUUCGGUAUAUCCUUUAG